CUAGAUUCUACUAGGUUAGUAUAUUUCUAUGGGCCCAAAUGUGCACUGUGCAGUGAGCAUACUGACUUAACGAAUUUGAGCUUGAACCAUCAAGCAGUUUAAUUCACGUAGAUUCUUUCAAUUUGUCCUUUAGUUACACCGGCUCCGAGAAGCAUGUCUAUCCUGAAAAUACAUGCCCGUGAGAUUUUUGAUUCUAGGGGUAAUCCCACUGUGGAGGUGGACCUCUACACAGAAAAAGGUCUGUUUCGAGCUGCUGUCCCAAGUGGGGCAUCUACUGGAAUCCAUGAAGCUUUAGAGCUAAGAGACGAUGAUAAGUCCCGUUACCUGGGCAAAGGUGUAUCAAAGGCUGUUGAGCAUGUGAAUCAAACUAUUGCACCUGCGCUGAUCAGCCAGGGAAUCACUGUAGUUGAGCAAGAGAAUAUUGACCAGUUCAUGCUGGAAUUGGAUGGAACUGAAAACAAGUCUAAAUUUGGAGCAAAUGCCAUCCUGGGUGUGUCCCUGGCUGUGUGCAAGGCUGGAGCGGCAGAAAAAGGUGUUCCUCUCUAUCGCCACAUCGCUGACCUUGCUGGAAACCCAGAGGUCAUCCUGCCUGUCCCGGUGAGGAAUUGA